AGAAAAUGUCCGAAUAUAGACAAAUGAACAAUGGUUUAGAAAGAAAUAUAAUAAGUAAAUUUUGAUUGAUGGAGAAAAAAGAACUAUUUUUCUUUCUUUCUUUUUUUUUUCUUUUUUUUUUGCAUGCGGAAACACACGAGGUUCUGUCAAGCAGCGUUAGUAUUAUACAUACUUUUUACAAUUGUAGCACAACACCUAGCCACCACCUGUUUGACUACUUUAUUGACCAUUUAUACAAACAAAAGAUCGUGCUUGACGAGUUUAAGUUGGCAUUUAGGAUUUAGGACUUAGACGGACAGGUUACCGAGCUAACAGCUAAAACAGCUCAGUAUGCUAAAAACAAAGCAAAUAUUUUAAAUGUUUAUUUCCACAUCUUACCAGCUAUUGUAAGGUUGUUUAGGUUUCCCCUUACUGAAAGACCACAUUUCAUAACGGAUGGAGUAACCGACUAUAUUUCUGCUACAAAUGUAAAUGUUUGUGUUGAAAUGGACAUCUUGAUUAAUAAUUUUAUCAACAACAAAAUGAACGAUGACAUUAGCAGACUGCAGUGUAAUACAUAUGAGGAUAUUUCGGGAACAUCUAAGGUUCCUGUGCUUAACUUGGAGUGUACCCCCAUAAGCCCGACCAAGAGAAAACACCAUGAAAACUCUCUGAAUCAUCAAAAAGACUCUGAUGAAGAACAGAUGAAUAAAAUGAGAUGUUUAUUAGGAUCACAUCUGAGAAAUUCAAAUGGAGACACUGAAAACCAGGAGUUAUGGAACUAUAGUUAUAGUCACAGGUCUCUGAGUGGUCUUCAUAACCAUCAUGUAUUUGCACCUUUCCCCAUUUUUGGGGUGGAUCAACCCCUUGAGAUGAGCAAACGAAGCAUGGAUCCUACUAGGAGCAUGCUUCUAACUCCUGGAUCCAGCACAAGUCGCCAGCAGAAUCGUCCUUCGGUAAUUACCUGUGCCCCUGCCAGCAACCGCCCUUGCAGUCUUUCCAGUUGCUACAUGUCACCAAAUAGCUGCACAUCUGGAUCCUCCAACAAACCCAAAGCAAACACUGUGUGUGACCCUGUUAUUGAAGAGCAUUUCCGCCGCAGUCUGGGGAAGGUCUAUAAGGAGCCUUUGCCCGUCUCUAACUCAGUGUGCAUCACAGGCUCAGUCGAUGACCACUUCAUUAAAGCACUGGGGGACGCCUGGUUACAGAUCAAAGGCAAUGGUGGUACAACACCAAAUGAAAAGUGAAAGUCAUGACAUUUUGCCAAGUAUGGUAACCCAUACUCGGAAUUGGUCCUCUGCAUUUAACCCAUCCAAGUGCACACACACACAGCAAUGAGUAGGGAACACACACCCUGAGCAGUGGGCAGCUAUAUAUCCAGCACCCAGAGUGCAACUGGGGUUCAGUGCCUUGCUCAAGAGCACUUCAGUCAUGGGUAUUGAGGGUGUAAAAGAGCACUGUUCAUUCACUCCCCCCAACUACCACUCCUGCCAGCACUGAGUCUCAAACCUGUGACCUUCGGGUAACAAGUCCAACUCUCUAACCAUUAGGGCACAUUAGAUAAACUAGACCAUAAAACAAAAACCCUGUGAGGUUAGCUCACUACAGAACUGUACUUUGAAACAGCAUACUGUAUUUAAAAUUUCUGUCAUACCGUUUCAUGGCAUAAAUAGUAAGUUAAGUAUGCUGUUUUGUAGUAUAAUGUACAUUGUAGAUAUGGCUGCUUAAAGCUUGCAUGACCAGGGGUGGGUAAUAUGACCAAAAUUGUAAGAAUUUUUUUUUUGUUAAAUAUUGUAUUUUAUUUCAGGAUAAAUUAUAUAUCAUAAUAUAUGUCAAGCAAUAGCUGUAAACAGUAAUAAAAAAGGACAAAGAAACAAAACCCAAACAAAUAAAGUAACACCGUUUUAAGGUUUUCUGGUAGGUCUAGCUAACAAUAGUUUUAAAGUAAGAAACACUACAAAAAUGUAAUAUAAUAAUGUGUUCAAAACCGCAUAGUCUUCACUGUAUGAGUUAAAUAUGAAUUAAUUAUUCAUUUUACAAAAGUUACUCUAAAGUUCACUAACACUGAAGACCCGUAUUUUGACAUACUUUUAAAUGUAUUUUACCAGUUAGAUAUGUACUUGAAUUAAGUAUACACAUGAUGCUUGUCCACAUUUCACUCCAUCUUGGGGUGCACGCUCAAACAAAGUCUGUUGGACAGCAUGUUAGCUAUUUUCAUGAAUCAUAUAUAGUGCUUUUGAAAAGAUCUUUAAUGUUUUUUAAAGUUUAUUUUGCUCAUCAAGACUACAUUUAUUUGAUCAAACAUUUAUAAUAUAAUAAUGUUUUUUUAAUUUUAAUAUACUUUGAAAUACAAUUUAUUCCUGUGAUGCAAAGUACUUCAGUCUUCACAUGAUCCUUCAGAAAUCAUUCUAAUAUACAGUGUUGGAAACAGUUGUGCUGCUUCAAAAGAUAAUGUAUACACAAAAAAAAAAAAAUUUUGGAAACUUUUUUGGUGUGUGUGUGCUUUGCUUCACAUAAAUUAAUUAUUUUAAAUUAUAUUAAAAUAGAAAUCCAUUAUUUCUUUCUAGUUUUGAUCAAAUAAAUGCAGCCUUGAUGAGCAGAAGAGACUUCUUUCAAAAACAUUAAAAGUCUAACUGAUCCAAAACCUUUUAUUAGCAAUAUAUGUACUGUAUAUACUGUACACACACACACACACACACACACACAGACACACACACACACACACACACACCUCUAUAUUCACAGAACCUGGGUUCUUCCAAACUGUAAUGGUAACUGUUUUAUAUUUUAUUUAUGCUCUUAUUCAAAUUAUCUUUAUUUUUGUCAUUGACUUUAUCAAGAUGAAGCAGCUGCAGGGACAGUGUUCUCUAUAUUUUUUAUAUCAUGUUUCAUGAAAUGUUUAAGCAGCUGGUUUGGCCUCUGGAAAGGCACUGACACUUGCAGUAUUUGGCUUUAUUGAGUUGUUUGUGGAUACUUUUCACAGACUGCCAUGGCACAUUUCUGCAAUGAUUACCUAAGUUAAAUUCACUUUGGAUUACCAUAAUUAUUUUCUUUAAUCAACUUCUUUUGGAAAUCUGUGGAAAGGCAAUAGUGGAUUUUUUUAAGUUGCUGUUGGAACAAACAACAACAACAAAAAUGAUUUGUUAUAUUCUCUCCCAUGCAGUUACCCUGCUAUAGUUAACGUCCAUGCUCUUGCAAUUUAAAUUCAUACAUGACUAAAUGGUGUUGUGAACACUUACCAAUUUUCAUAUACUAGUACAUUAUUUAAUUAAAUUGAACAUUGACCUGAACAUGAGUAUCCACUGUUUCUAUGCCCCAGCUUAUUGUGUUUUGUGAUUAAUUUGUUUGUUGACUUUUUAAAUUAUUAUUAGUUGACUUUUAAUAAUCAUAGAUAAAUUUAAAUUAGAUAUGUUUUUGUGUGUGGUGUCAUAAUGCAGGAUACACACUGAAUGAUCUCUGCUCUUUCUUUUUUCUUUUUGUUCAACUUUCAGAAUGUAAAACAUGACAAUCAUUAUGCCGUGCGUGAUGAAUAAAUAUAUUGUUUCUUAUAGCAAUCUAUCUAUCAUUAACUGUUGUGCAUGCUUAUCUAUUUUUAUUUUUUCAAACAUUUUGAGCCAUCUUACUAUGCUACAAUGAAAGUUGUUUUGUGGUGAAUUGAACAAAGUCUCAUGAGUGUCCCAUUUGAUAUGGGUAAAGCUGCAUUCAUAUGGAGAAAAAAAAAAGAAAGAAAUGGUCAAACUGAUUUUGAAAUUAACAGUGGCUGUGCUGUAACAUUCAAGUGCUGCAUUUAUAUGGGGGAAAACUAAUAAUGUGAAAAUUAUUUGUAACUUUGUAACUUUUUUUCUUACAAUUUCCAUUUUUAUAUUUUUAUAUCAAAUAAAAUGGCCUCAAAACAAGGAA